AUGAGGUUCUCUAUCCUUUCAGCCCUGGUGCUGGCGGCCACUACUGCCAAGGCCCAGAAAACCAUGUUCACGAAUCCUGUUCUAUGGCAGGACCUUGCCGACUUGGAGGUCAUUCGAGUCAACGACACGUAUUACUACACGGCUUCAACGAUGCAUUACUCUCCGGGAGCUCCUGUGCUCAAAAGUUACAACCUCGUCGAUUGGGAGUAUGUUGGAAACUCGGUACCCGAACUCAUCUUCGGAGAAGAGUAUUACCUGAAUGGCACUACCAGUGCCUACGUGGCCGGCAUCUGGGCUUCUUCUUUGAAGUAUCGGGAGAGCAAUGGGCUGUUUUACUGGUAUGGAUGCAUUCAGUCUGGUGAAAUGAAGACUUGGAUCUUCACAGCGAGCGACCCCGCAGGGCCAUGGACUGCUCAGCCACCUAUUGACGAAUGUUUCUACGACUUGGGUGUCCUCGUUGAUGAUGACGACACUAUGUAUGUGGCAUACGGAAAAUACAAUAUCAGCGUGGCUCAACUCUCACCCGACGGACUGCAGCCUGUUAGGAACGAAGUCGUUUGGGUUGACCCAGUGCGGUACUUGGAAGGAGCGAGAUUAUAUCACAUCGGCUCUAGUUACUACAUCUGGUUGACCAAGCCUGCCGAUGGCCAGCAUGUGCUGAAAGCAGACAACCCUUGGGGUCCCUACACGAACCGCACCAUUCUCGAUAAAAUGGCUUCUCCGAUCCCAAACUCCGGAACGCCUCACCAGGGCGGCAUCGUGGACACUCCUGAUGGCGAUUGGUGGUACAUGUCCUUUUUGGAUGCAUACCCCAGUGGCCGAAUCCCGGUCCUGGCACCGCUGACGUGGGACGAAGAGGGCUGGCCUGAGAUUGUUACGGAUGAAGCCGGCGGCUGGGGCAAGACAUACCCGGUACCCGUAGAGACAGAAAAGAAGGUGAAAGCAGCCGGAGAGUAUACCGAUCACUUCGACAGCGCAAUUCUUUCAGCCGAAUGGGCUUUCAACCACAACCCUGACAAUUGUGCUUGGAAACUUGGCCCCAACGGCCUCGAGCUACACACGGCAACUAUUACGGACGACUUAUAUAAGGCUAGAAACACUCUUGCCCACAGAAUUCAGGGCCCAAAGAGCAGCGGCACGUUCCGACUUAACCUCGGCAACAUGGCUGAUGGUGAUGUGGCUGGUGUCUCCAUCUUCCGCGACGAGACCGCUUACAUUGGUUUCCGAAAGGAGGGCGAAACUCUGAAGCUUCUUGCAGUUCACGAUCUCAUUUUGGCCGAAAGUUCUGGCUGGCAGACCACCUCCAACGGCACUGUUGUGGCCACUGCCACCGAAUCGGAAGUUGAUCUGUCUGAGAUUGCCAGCGGAGCUACGGAUGUGUACCUCCGAAUCGUCGCAGACGUCCACCCCACCUUUGGUGUUGAGGCGGAUAACCCGAGUCAGCUGUUGUACAGUCUCGACGGAAAGAACUUUACUCAACUUGGACCAGAUUAUAUGCUCCACAACAGAUGGCAAUUUUUCUUAGCAUUCCGCUUCGCGGUUUUCAACUAUGCCACGAAGUCUCUUGGGGGCUCAGUCGUUGUGAAGGAGUUUAGUCUAGCGUCUGUCAAUUAG